CAACAAACAACUGGGAGAUUAGCAUCUUCUUUCGAACUCUCCAAAGAAAUUAUAAAAAAUGGAGAUGCUAAUUAAAUUCGAAUCUAAAUCUUCUAGGGCCAAAGGGGUCGCGUUUCAUCCGACUCUGCCUUGGAUCCUUACUUCGUUGCAUAAUGGUAGAAUUCAAUUGUGGGACUAUCGAAUGGGAACUCUUAUAGAUCGAUUUGAUGGACAUGAUGGUCCUGUGCGUGGAAUUGCAUUCCACCCCACGCAGCCGCUUUUCGUUUCUGGUGGUGAUGAUUACAAGGUUAAUGUAUGGAAUUAUAAAGCAAAGAAGUUAUUAUUUUCUCUUUGUGGACACAUGGAUUAUGUUCGUGUUUGCGCUUUUCACCAUGAAUACCCUUGGAUUCUUUCUUGUUCCGAUGAUCAAACGAUCCGUAUUUGGAACUGGCAAUCAAGAAAUUGUAUAGCUAUUUUGACUGGCCAUUCUCAUUAUGUUAUGUGCGCCGCUUUUCAUCCAACGGAAGAUUUAAUUGUUAGUGCAAGUUUGGAUCAAACAGUGCGUGUCUGGGAUAUCAGCGGUCUUCGCAUGAAAAAUGCUGCCCCGGUCAGUAUGUCAAUUGAAGAGCAGCUUGCUCAAGCUCAGAAUGCCAUAACGAAUGAUUUGUUUGGCAGUACCGACGCAGUUGUGAAAUUUGUUUUAGAAGGUCAUGACCGUGGCGCUAACUGGUGUGCUUUCCAUCCUACGCUUCCUCUCAUUCUUUCCGCUGGUGAUGAUCGAUUGAUAAAACUUUGGAGAAUGACUGCUUCUAAGGCUUGGGAAGUUGACACUUGCCGUGGUCAUUUUAACAACGUUUCUUGCUGUCUCUUUCAUCCCCACCAAGAGUUAAUUUUAUCCGCUAGUGAAGACAAAACAAUUCGUGUUUGGGAUCUCAAUAGAAGGACUGCAGUUCAAACUUUCCGUCGUGAUAAUGAUCGUUUUUGGUUUGUCACCGUUCAUCCAAAACUUAAUUUAUUUGCUGCUGCUCACGACAGUGGUGUCAUGGUUUUCAAAUUAGAGCGCGAACGUCCUGCUCAUGCUCUGAACAUCAACACUCUCCUUUAUGUCAACAAAGAUAAGUCUAUCGUUUCUCAUGAUCUAGUCAGAAGUCAAAGCAAUGUUUUGGCUUCAGUUAAGCAUCAUGGAAGCCCAUGGGUGCAUCCUCGUUCUUUAUCUUACAAUCCUGCCGAGAAGGUUGCACUAGUAACCUCCUCUAUAGAUAAUGGCACUUACGAGCUCGUUAAUUUGUCGUCACGUUCUUCUAAGUCAAAUGAAGGCAUCAAGGGCUCCGGCGAUACCGCACUUUUCGUUGCACGUAAUCGCUUCGCUGUCUUCAAUCGUAGCAAACAACUAAUUGACAUUAAAGACCUGACAAACAAGGUAACGAAGACAAUCGAAUUGCCCGAAAAGGUAAACGAGAUUUUUUAUGCUGGAAUGGGACAUAUCCUUCUUUCUACCUCAACCCAAGUGCACAUGUUUGAUUUGCAACAAAAGAAGGUUAUUGCUUCUGUGAAUGCCAACAAAGUUAAAUAUGUUAUUUGGUCUAAUGACUCUUCUCAUGCAGCAUUAAUAGGAAAACACUUUGUUUACAUUGUUAAAAAAUCCAUGGAAUUAAUUACUUCCAUCCAUGAAACUAUCCGAAUUAAAAGCGCAGUUUGGGUUGAAAACAAUGUCUUGCUUUAUUCAACUCUUGAUCAUUUGAAAUAUCUUUUGAUGUCUGGAGAUUGUGGUAUUGUCAAAACUCUGGAUUCUACUAUUUACCUUGUGCGUGCUAAAGGAGAUUUGGUAUUUGCCUUGAAUCGUGCCGCACAACCCAUAACAAUCAAGAUUGAUCCUACUGAUUAUCUUUUUAAGUUAGCAUUGAUCAAGAAAGACUAUGAGCAGGUUUUACAUUUAAUUCAAAACAGUGACCUGGUUGGGCAAGCUAUUAUUGCUUAUCUACAGAAGAAAGGUUACCCCGAGAUUGCUUUGCAAUUUGUGGAAGAUUUAUCUACCCGGUUCGAGUUAGCUUUACAAUGUAAUAACUUAGAAACCGCUUUGGAAAUUGCUCGUACGAUUGAUAGACCUGAGGUUUGGUCUCGCUUAUCUUCUGAAGCCCUUAAUUCUGGAAACCAUAAGAUUGCUGAAGUUACCUACCAGAAGCUUCGUUAUUUCGAAAAGCUAUCAUUUUUAUAUUUGAUUACCGGAAACACCGAGAAACUUAGCAAGAUGGCUAUGAUUGCUCAGAAACGUAAUGAUGCCUUAAGUCUUUUUCAGAAUUCUUUAUACAUGAAUGAUAUAGAAGCUCGUAUUGACAUGUUGGUUGAAGCCAAGAUGUAUCCGCUAGCAUAUUUGACUGCGAAGUCUAACGGUUUAGAAGACAAGGCUCGUGAAGUGAUGAUCGUUAGUGGUGUUAAUGAAGAUCAAAUAAGGUUACCCAGCAUUGGUCCUUCUUUUACUUUGCCUUCCCCUCUUCGUCCUACCCAUACCGAAAACUGGCCUCUAAAGGAUACUUCCGAUUCCUCAUUCGAAAAGUUAUUAAGAGACCGGAUAGAGCAAAUGGCUUUAGAAAACCCUGAAGAUGAAACAGCUUCUGUUAAUGAAUUUCAAGAAGCUGAGCAAGAUCUCUUAGACGUUGAUGAAGAUGUUAGCGAACUAUCUGCUGAGAGUGCUGAGGAAGAUGAUGGUUGGGAAGUUGAAGAUCUGGCUGCUGAAGAAGUAAUUCCGAAUGUUGAAAACGAAGUUGGCGUUUUUGAUGGUACAGACGAGACCCACUUGUGGUUGAAGAACUCACCUUUAGCUGCUGAUCAUAUCGCUGCAGGUGAUUUUGAAAGUGCCAUGAAACUUUUGGGUAGACAAGUUGGAGCUGUAAACUUUGCUCCUCUUAAAUCUCGCUUUUUAGAAAUUUAUGCGGCAUCAAGAGCUUACUUACCCGCUGUUGAUGGUCUUGAUCCUCUAACAGUUUACAUUCGACGUAAUGGAGAAGCUGCUGAGCGUAAUCAAGCCCUACCUUUUAUUUCUCGUAAUAUGGAAUCAAUCAAGAAUAAUGAGCUUAACGAAGCUUAUCGAUUAGUAAAAGCGAACAAGAUUUCGGAGGCCAAAGAGGCUUGCUUAAACAUUAUUUAUCUGCUGAUUACUUCUGUAGCUGGUAAUCAAGACGAAGCUGAAGAGAUGUCUAACCUAGUGGACGAAUGUCGAGAAUAUAUUGUUGGUUUGUCUUGUGAAUUGGAACGACGCAAGUUACCUGAGGGUGAAGUUAAGCGUGCACUCGAAUUGUCCUAUUACUUUGCAUCUACCAAGUUGCAACCUGUUCAUUCUAUCAUCGCCCAUCGUUUAGCAAUUAAUGCUUCUCAUAAGCAAAAGAAUUACAAAUCGGCCUCUUUCUUGGGUCAAAAAUUACUCGAGUUGGCAGAAUCUGGACCUGCUGCUGAAGCUGCGAGCCGUGCUAUCACCUUAGGGGAUAGAAAUCCUCAUGAUGCUUUUGAAGUUGAAUAUGAUCCACAUGUCGAAUUCAGUAUUUGCGCAAAGACAUUGACACCCGUCUAUCCUGGAGAGGAUUAUGAUUUGUGCCCUGUCUGUGCCGCUAAAUAUCAUAAGGCAUCUGCAAAUGGAGUUUGCUUGGUUUGUGAUCUUGGAGCUAUUGGACAACGUGGCACCGGACGACGCUUUUUGGUUUAAGUUAGCACUUACGUUGAAAAUAUAUGAACAAAUACUUUCAUUUCCUUUGAAUGGUCUCCUGUUUAUUGAUGUGGCCGUUGUUUACGACGUAUACAUAUAUAUAUAUACAUGUAUCUAAAAACGCUGUGUGCCUAAGCCUGUACAUAGUAUACACGAUUGACGGAAUGCGCAGGAUGAAUCCUUACUUUCAUUUCACAUUUCUUAUUUACGAAAAAUUAAUUAAUAUUUUGUUUGCUAACUUCGAAUUCAAUGCAUAGAUGCUUAUUAAGAUUUAUGAUACCAUG